GCAAUCAGAAUGGAAAGCACUCUGCACGUGCGCAGAGGCUAUGCGCCUAAUUGCAACUUUCUCCAGAAGUGCAGGGGGCGGUGCCGAGGGGAGGACCUGGGCUUGGAGGCGGAUCCUGGGCUCAUAAAGAGAAGGAGGCAGGGCAGAGGGAGAGACAGCAGCGCCGAGAUGGCUGUGGAAAGCGCCCGGGGAUGCGCCGUAGUCCUCAUCCGAUCACUGGUCUCUGUAGGAACAUCAAUGGGAUCAGUCACAAGACAGGCCCUGCUUGCUCCCCUUUCCCCUGCUGCUCGGCCCUUCCGUCUUUGUAAUUGUGAGAGAAACAAUCGGAGGGGAGUUGUAGCAAACAGUCUGCAAGAACUUAUCAGCAAGACCUUGGAUGCCUUAAUGAUUACUGCUGGCUUGAUAACACUGGUCUUGGAAGAAGAUGGCACAGUAGUGGAUACAGAAGACUUCUUCCAGUCCCUGCCAGACAACACAUAUUUCAUGGUUCUGGAGAAGGGGCAGAAAUGGAAGCCAGGACCAAGCUAUAAUAUUGCAAGAGUACAGCAACCAAAGAAAAUGGGGGUUGCAAAUAUCACCUUAGACUUGUACAAACUGAAUCCUAAGGACUUCAUUGGAUGCCUAAAUAUCAAAGCUACGUUCUAUGAAAUCUAUUCUGUGUCCUAUGACAUCAAAUGUAUGGGGGCAAAGACUAUACUAAGGAGAAUGCUUCGGUUUUUAUCGCAUAUUGCACAAGUGACAGGACAACUGCUUCUCUACACGGGAACAUACGUACUACAAGCCAUGGGUGACUGUGAAGAUGACCAGCUUACAAGAACAAAGCGCUAAAAACAAGCAUUGAACCUUAUAAUAUUGGUUCUGCAAGUGAUACUUUAAGCAUUUUUUGUGGAGAGGGAGGAAUUAUAGCUUAAUGUGUUAAAAGUGUUAACACUCAAGUUACCAAAGUGUAACUAAACUAGCUUUCCUCUCUAUUGUCCUGGUUUUUAUUUAAGAUAAUGAUGAUGUCAUAACAGUAAAUGUGAUCGGAGUCUUUUUUUAAUGCGGCAAAAGGGAUUGUAUUUAAGGAGAGAAAUUUUUGUGCCAAAUAUUUCAGCAAGAGGUCACACACAUGGCAAGGGGGUUACUUACUAGCUUGUAUCAACUACAUUGUUGUUCUUCAUUGAUAGCCAUGUAGUGUAUUCGGAUUGAGAUCUGUGAUUUUUUUGUAGAAGCUUAAUACUAAACUUUGGCUACCACUUCAAACUGUCUCACUUUUGCUAGCUUGUAAAUAAAUAUCAGUAUUAAGUUCCAGUGUUAAAA